AAGCCGUCAUUUCUGCCGCUGCGAGAACAACUUGCCGAAAGCACCCCCGAAUUCUUGGAAGGAGAAGAGAAUCCCGAAACCAAGCCGCCGCCGCCGCCGCCACUAUGCACCGAAACCCUCGCCUCCUCCUCCGCGCCGCCGCCUCCCUCCUCCGCCCCUCCUCCUCCUCCGCCGCCGCCGCCCCAACGCCGGCGCUCCCUCCUCUUCUGCGGCGCCCGCCCCUCUUCUUCCCGGAGGGGUGCCCCCACCGGCGCGCCUUCUCGACGGCGGGCUUCGGCAAGGAUGUCGACGAGGUGAACCGCAAGUUCGCGGAGGCGCGGGAGGAGAUCGAGGCCGCCAUGGACAGCAAGGAGACCGUCUACUUCGACGAGGAGGCCGCCUGCGCGCGCGACGCCGCCGGGGAGGCCCUCGCGGCCUUCGAGUCGCUGCUCGCGCGCCUCCCGCCGCCCGACGCCGACUCGCUCCGCCGAUCCAUGGGGCUCAAGAUGGAGCAGCUCAAAGCCGAGCUCAAGCAGCUCGACGAGUAGCGGCCGGGGGCUCUCCUUCGACGACCGAAUCCACGCGGGAGGACUUUCGAUUUUGGGGAUUCCCUGACUUGUGAGCGAGGUUAGCUUUAUAUUAUACAUGUUCUUUGGAGAAAUUUUAGGUCGUUUCUAUUGGUGAAUAAAAUGUAGCUCAAAAUUUACUGCAAUUCUGUUAUUCCAAUGUGAGAUUUGGAGCUAAUUUUUCAUGUAUACUUGUUGAUUGAUAACCUGGCCAAUUUGGCCACCUACUGCUUUGUACUGCAAAGUUAAUCUUGGUGACAUAGCAGCUUGGAUAAUCUGCUUGUUUUGGUGGAUGAAUA